GGUUGCUGACCUCCAAUCAGACGCUGUGGAGAAGGGGGUGCAGCCAACCUUUGAGGGCUGCCCAGCGCGGCGCGAUCUCUGGCCCUCGAUCGGCUGGGCUGCUUGAUCGUGGGCCAUGGCGGGGGCCCCGGAGGCCCCCGCUUCCAUGGAGGCGCUGGCCUCGCACACCGCCUCCCUCGCGCUGGACAGCUCCCGCCUGGCCUCCUGGUUCAAGCCCGAGCUGUUCACGGAGCCCGAGUUCAGCCCCGUGGGCUACGUCAGCGACCUGAAGCGCUACGUGCCGCUGGAGACGCUGAGCAGCGAGCUGCACUCCCACCUGGGCGCCCUGAAGAACAAACUGGUGGAGGUCAUCAACGACGACUACAACGACUUCGUCUCGCUUUCCACCAAGCUGGUCAACGUGGAUGGGGCGCUGACCCGCAUGCAGAAGCCGCUGCUGGAGCUGCAGGAGAAGCUGGAAGCCGCGCGAGGCGGCAUCGCAGGCCAGGCCGCGGAGCUGCAGAGCGGGCUGCAGCGGCGGCAGACGGUGGCGGCGGCGCGGGCGCUGCUGGAACUCAUGCAGGACACGGCGCACGUCAUGUCUAAAGUGGACAAGCUGCUCGGGGAGGUCCGGGCCGCGGGGGAAGUGGGCGGCGGGUCGCCUGAGGAGCUGGAGGCGCACUGCCGCCUGCUGGACCGUGUGGCCUCGGAGGUCAGCCGCCUCCAGUUCUUCGCGGCGCGAGGGCAGGAGCUGGAGUUCAUGCGGCAGCUGCAGCCCCGCAUCGACGGCGCCGCGGAGCAGCUGCAGCUCUCGCUUGACGGGGCGCUGGCGGUGACGCUGCAGAGCCAGAGCCCUGUCGCGCUGGGCGUCUGCCUGCAUGCGUAUGCCGCCAUCGCGCGGCCACAGGCGGCAGAGGCGGUGGUCCGCGCCACGCUGGUGGCGCCUGUGGUGCAUCAGGCGGUGGCGGACCAGAAGGCGAAAGCGCAGGUCGGGGGGCCCUCGGCGGGCACGCGCCUGGGCGACGUCCUGGCUGCGGUGACGGAGGGCCUCAAGGCGCAGUGUGCACCCUUCCUGGAGCAUACGAUGUCGCAGCCCUCCACCUCCCAACCAUUCGACUUCCUGGGCGGCUCGCUGCUGGCAGAGGUGCAGGCGGCGCUCGAGGAGUCGCUGCCAGGCGUGUUCAGCGCGGGCGUACCAGCCACCUUCCACGCCAACUUCCAGGCGGCGCUGCGCUUCGUGGACGCCCUGGAGGGAUACUGCACUACGCAGGCGCAGGUGGAGGCGUUCCGGGGCAGCGCCGCCUAUGGCGCCUUCAUGCGCAGGUGGAACCUGCCCGUCUACUUCUCCCUGCGCUUCCAGGACAUCGCCGGCGCGCUGGAGAGCAAGCUGACUGCAGCGGCGCUGCAGCCGGCGGGCGGCGAGGGCGGCGCCGCGGACGCCGCCACGCCGCGGUUUGCCUGGGCGCCCUCUGCCGCGCUCUGGGCCGGGCUGCAGCGCUGCGCCAGCAGGGAUGUCUUCCUCCCCCAGCUGGCAGACAAGUUUGUGCGGCUCACGUUGCAGCUGAUCGCCCGCUACGCAGCCUGGAUCAGCAGCGGCAUGGAGCAGCGGGCCAAGGCGGCCGCAGCGGCUGCCGCCGCAGGCGGCCAGCCGCCAGCCGGCGGCGACCAGGCCGGCGCCGCCGCCUCUGCGUCGGCGGCCGCCAACGGCCAGACGUCCGACGGCACGGGAACAGCUGCCGCUGCCAGCUGGGAGGCGGCGGCCACUCCCGAGCAGCUGGCGGCGCUUCGGCGGGACGUGGAUGUACUGCUGUCCUCCCUGCUCUCCACCUUUGUGCCCCAGCUGUCGGCGCUGCUGGCGGAGCUGCCUCCAGAGGCAGCAGAGGCAACCGCCUCUGCCUUCUCAGAGGGAGCGGAGCGGCUGGAGGCGGCGGGUGCGGCGGUGAUGGGCGCCGUGGCAGAGAGCCUCACAGAGAAGAGUGUGGUGGUGCUGAAGCAGCUGCGAGGCAUCGUGGCGACCUUCCGCAUGACCAGCCGCUCCCUGCCCUCCCGCCCCUCGCACUACGUCUCUAUGAUCCUGGCUCCGCUGCACCAGUUCCUGCAGGCGGACGUGGCAAGCAAGCUGAGCCCCGAGGCGCGGCAGCAGCUGGCGGUUGCCGUGGUGACGGGCGUCAGCGGCCGCUACCUGCACCUGGCAGCCGACACGCUCAGCACCGUGCGCAAGACGGAGUCGAGCCUGAAGCGGCUCAAGGCGCGGCAGCAGGGCGGCGAGGGCGGCGCAGCGCCCGACACCGACAAGAUGAUUGGGCAGCAGCUGCUGCUGGAUGUGCAGGAGUUUGGGAGGCAGGCCACGCAGGCGGGCGUGGAUGCCGCCCAGCUGGACAGCUACCGCCAGCUGUGGCAGAUGGUGGCUCCAGAGGAGCAGAAGGACACAGCGCUGUGA